AAUAUAUUUGCUGUUCAUCACAAGACACCAUGGAGCCAACAAUAGAUCUGUCUUUCUCUACUACUUCUCCUCUAUCCUCCUCAACUGGAUGGUGGAAUAAGGACACGGUGGCGGUGGUGACCGGAGCAAACAAAGGGAUUGGAUUUGCGUUGGUGAAGAGAUUUGCAGAGGUGGGAUUGACGGUGGUCUUGACGGCGAGGGAUAGAGAAAGAGGAGAGAGAGCAGUUGAGUCAUUGAAGGAGAAGGGACUCCAUGGCGUUCGCUUCUUCCCUCUGGAUGUAUCCCAACCCGACUCCAUCAAAACAUUCGUCUCCUGGUUUGAAACACAAUUCGGAGUCUUGGAUAUCCUGGUAAACAAUGCUGCUGUAUCAUUUAAUGACAUCAACCAGAACUCAGUUGAGCAUGCAGAGACUGUCAUCAAAACCAAUUUCUUCGGAUCCAAGAUACUCACUGAAUCCCUCUUGCCCUUCUUUCGCCUUUCACCUUCUAUUAGCCGAAUUCUUAAUAUUAGCUCAAGACUUGGCUCAAUUAACAAAAUGAGAAACCCUAACAUAAAAAGUAUCUUGCAAAGCAAGAAACUUUCCGUGGAACAAAUUGAGUGGGUGGUUAAUUGCUUUUUGGAGGAUGUGAGGGGUGGGACGUGGGAGAGCCGAGGGUGGCCGCAGGUAUGGACAGACUAUGCAGUGUCAAAGCUGGCGCUGAAUGCGUAUGCUAGAGUUUUGGCCGGGCGGUAUGAAGGACGUGGAUUGAGUGUGAAUUGCUUUUGCCCUGGCUUCACUCAGACGGCCAUGACUGGUGGCAGGGGCACGCAUACUGCGGAUGAUGCCGCGCAGGUUGGGGUUAGGCUGGCCUUGCUUCCUCCUGAGGAGUUACCAACUGGGAAAUUCUAUAUCGGAGAGCAGAGCAGCAAGCACUACAAUCAGGCGAUUUCUAGGGUUUUAGAGGGGUUUACGGUUGACCUCAUUUCUCUGUUCAACAAUACCAGUUUGCAGUUUUCUGCUUGUAAGAUGGCCGGUUACAAUAGCCUUGCACCAAAGACCAAGAAUCUGAUAAUUGCUGGAGGCUUGUCAGCAUUUGUCUUUGGGGUAUAUUUCUACACUAUGAAAGCUGUUGGAGGAACAGAUGAGCUUCAGGUUGCUAUAGACAAGUUUGAGGAGCAGAAGAAACAAGAGGCUCAGGCCAACAUGGCACCAAAGGCUUAAUCUCUUUACUGUUGUGUUUGUGAUAAUGUAAUUGUCCAUGGCAAAAAUUUCUGAGCUGCAACACCUCUUUAAUUAUAUCGUGUGUUCAGUUUAUCUAUUUAGUUUUCUUUCUUGGUAUACGUUAUACUUGAUUUCAAUGGAAAUAAGAUUAAGAAAUUCGGCUUCCUGCU